UCAGUGAUGGCUCCGUGCAAUGCCCAACCCGGGGGACCUGCGCAUGAGUAAACCAACAGAAGCCUAGCCGUAGGGUUUUUCUCCCAGGGUUCGAUUCACGAAACGAGCUUACGCAGCAUGCGCGCCGCCCGUGGCGGCCAGCCUCGAGCUCCUUACGUCAAUUGCGUAACGUUAGCUCGCCAGAGUGAAACAGCGGAGUAGAGUGCGACGGGAGGCGGCAUGAGAUUUCGGGAGAAUCCGGGGACGCCCUGAAACCAAGGCCCCAGGCGGUGAGAAGUGGAGAGACGAGAAGGAGCUCAGGGCCAUAUACAGUGACCAAAACAUCUCAUCAACAUGACUUCCUUCACAGAGACUGGUGGAAAUCAAGAACUCUGCUCAAGAGACAUCGCUUCUACUCCAGUUUAUCCUCAGGUCAAUUGAAGACACCCAGUUGGGAGGAGACUGCUCUUCCCUUUCUGUGGGAAGCAAUGUCUUUUCAUUGUUGACGGUUCAAAGUGGCGGGGGUGGGGAGCAGGAGGGGUGGGUGUCUUUCCAGGUUGGCUCCUAUCCCCUGGUAGACACCGUAACCGUGGAGAGGCCCGGUUACCACAAACUGAUGGAUUUUGACCAGAAAGAAGGAAAGGGUGAAUCUGAGGAAGUGGGAAGAAGGAUGUCUAAAGUUGGGGGAGGGGCAGGGAGGGGUAACCGGAACACUGGGGCCAAUUCCGGGGUCUUAAUGGUUGGACCAAACUUCCGGGUAGGAAAGAAGAUUGGAUGUGGGAACUUUGGAGAGCUACGUCUUGGAAAAAACUUGUACACCAAUGAAUAUGUAGCUAUCAAGCUGGAGCCAAUCAAAUCAAGAGCACCGCAGCUGCACCUGGAGUACCGCUUCUAUAAGCAGCUCGGGAAUUCAGAGGGUCUUCCUCAGGUGUAUUACUUUGGACCCUGUGGAAAAUACAAUGCUAUGGUUCUGGAGCUGCUCGGGCCCAGUCUGGAGGAUUUGUUUGACCUCUGUGACAGAACAUUCACCCUCAAAACCGUGCUGAUGAUAGCAGUCCAGUUAAUCUCACGUAUGGAGUAUGUGCACACAAAGAGCCUGAUAUACCGGGACGUGAAGCCAGAAAAUUUCUUGCUUGGUCGUCCUGGAAGCAGACGUCAAAAAAUAAUCCACAUUAUUGACUUUGGUCUGGCCAAAGAGUAUUGGGACCCAGAAACCAAAAAACAUAUUCCAUACAGAGAACAUAAAAGCUUGACUGGAACUGCAAGAUAUAUGAGUAUCAACACUCACCUGGGAAAAGAGCAAAGCCGGAGGGAUGAUCUAGAAGCAUUGGGCCACAUGUUCAUGUAUUUUCUUCGUGGAAGUCUGCCUUGGCAAGGUCUUAAGGCUGACACGUUGAAAGAAAGGUAUCAGAAAAUAGGUGACACCAAAAGAUCCACCCCUGUGGAGGUCCUUUGUGAUAAUUUUCCAGAGGAGUUGGCUACCUACCUCCGCUAUGUUCGCCGUCUGGAUUUUUUUGAGAAGCCAGAUUACGAGUACCUGCGACGACUUUUCACUGACCUGCUGGAUCGACGUGGGCUGAUCUUUGACUACGAAUAUGAUUGGGUGGGAAAAACACUGCCCACUCCAAUCGGUUCAAUAUCAGGUGAAGCCACCUCUCAAAUGCCGAAUAAGACUCAGUUGCACCUCAAACACCAGGGUUUAAAUUCUACGAAUGGUGAUCUCAAUAUAGAUGACCCAACAGCCGGACAUUCCAACGCUCCCAUCACCGCGCACACAGGGGUGGAGGUAGCAGAUGAUACCAAAUGUUGUUGUUUCUUCAAAAGGCGGAAGAGGAAAAACAUUCAGCAAAAAUGACUUAAGUUUUCUGGACCCUCACAUACUUCUUAUAGAGCAGCUGUACUUUAUUUUUGGAUUACAGAGACUUCUACCCAGGACUACUCCACAUCACUUCUACUGUCAAAACAGAAACGUUGCAAAUCUAAGGGGUUGAGACAUUUUGAUUCAUUUAUUCUCUAUCCCACGUAAUUGCUAUUAUUAUUUUCUUGAAUCGUUGGGAUUCUGGAGUGGACAGGAAAAAAAAAACAAGAGGAAAACCAGGAUCCUGCUGAAGAAUAUAACAAACUGAAUCAUAUUCUGGGAGGAUGGUCCAGUUUAUCAGCAUCAUGUUUUUUUUGUUUUCUGUAAUGUAUUGGGAGCAUAAAUGGUUAGCACUCCAGUUUAUAACAACCGUACUACUCUUUAAAAAGAAACUGGAGUUGAGUUCUCUCAUAACAAUGAAGAUAGAUGGGAUGGCUAAGGCUGAGGCACAUUGAGUUUUUUUGGUCUCAAUUUCCUUGAAUAUAGGACACAUAGAUGACAAAAUUCAAAGUUGCAUUUAUACUUUUCUCACCUUGUUUCAUUGAACGUCCUGGGCACCUUAACAGCUUCAUCAAAAUGACAUUGUUAUAUUGCCAGUUGGUCCCUGGAGCUUCCUUACCCAUAUGUACAUGUUUUAUGAAUGGGGAGCUACUGAUUGGCAUGGAGCGUCACCUAAACGCUCUGAACCAACCAGCGGCGCCCCUGCCCAGCAGCACCCCAUCCAUGCUUCCUCUAGCUGAAUUGCAGAAUGUGGAUGUGGACAGUGAGGAACAGAGCUCGAGAGCAAACUUUGGAGUUAAUCCCUAUGUGUAAGGAAUCACCAGGGACCUCCUGGCACCAUAACAACUUAAUUUCAAUGAAGUUGCUAUAGUGCUUGGAGUGUUCCUUUAAGAUCUAAAUGUGGCAUUGUCCUCUUAGUCCCUAUUACAGCCCAGCAGUAUUUUUUAGCAUACACCGUAUGGGCAUACAGAUCCACUUAGCACUGUUUUCACACCUCUUUUUAAUCGUGUAUUACAAUGCAGGGGGAGAGGCAAAGCUAAUAGACUGGCAUAAAAGGACUCUCAUAUAGUGAGUUUUUGUUUUGUCCUGUUUUGACAGGUCAGCAGAGGUUUUGCAUAUCUUAUAUUGCAUCCCAUCCACUUACUUAUGUCAGUCUGUCGUGUGUACAUAAAAAAAAUCUUCACUUGCAUUGCAUUAACAUAUUGCAUAUUGAUAUGA